AUGGUGGUUGAAUCCAGAGUGAAGCGCGAACGUGACGCUGUGGAUGUCGAGCCACAAGAAGCACAAAAGAAGAAAAUUGGUGGUGCUUUGGCAAGUAAACGCUGGACACCAGAACAGGACGAAGCGCUAAAAAAGGCAGUGGCGGAGCUUGGCCAUCGUAAUUGGAUGGCCGUAGCCGAACAAGUCCCUGGACGUGACAAUGCUCAGUGUCUUCAACGCUGGAAUAAAGUAUUAAAACCAGGACUUGUAAAAGGUUCAUGGUCACUUGAAGAAGAUGAAUUGCUUAUGGAGAUGAUGCUCAAGGGUUAUGGCAAUUGGCAACAAGUGUCUAAUAAUAUUCCAGGACGAACGGCAAAACAAUGUCGUGAACGAUGGAGGAAUCGAUUGGACCCGACGAUUAAUAAAUCGCCAUUUACAAAGGAAGAAGAUAUAGCCAUUCAACAUGCAUACGAGAAGUAUGGUAAUCGUUGGACGCAGAUUGCAGAACUUUUGCCGGGUCGCACGGGAGAUGCAGUCAAACUUCGAUGGAAAGCGCUGAACCCUAAUCAGAAGACGUACACGAAGCUCGGCCGCCCGAGGCUUCUGAAUUCGGAUGAUACCCCGUCAGUUUCUGUUUCUCCGGUCAGGCCUGUGAUGUCAUGCACAUUGCCAAUAAAAUUGGAGGUUCUAGACCCGCUACUAUCGGUAAGUGACAAUCAGGCCGACACGACCCAAGCUACUUUGGAGCCAAUACUGGAUCCUCUUGAAGAUAAGACGGAUGAGCGAAUGAGUCAGGAGGACGUGAUGAUUCUUAAUGAGUUUUUGCGCGGCCACUCAAACAAUUCGCUUGAAAAAGGCAGCUUUAGGAGCAUGCUUUCUGCCACAAGCUUGCGUGAUUUUGGUGAAGAGAUCGAUGCUGCAAUUUUGAGAAUGUCGUCGCUGUCGGCAGUGCAUUUACAGUCUGAAUCAUACACGGACGAGCCGACAUCAAAAGUGUUACAAAAUUCGCAGGGACGUGCUUCUCAAAGACUUUUGAACAAAAUGCUGAGUCUCGGCGAUACAAAGAGCGCGAGUCUUCGUUCAAUUACGGACGAUGUGGAGCCUGACGAUUUAUGGAUCAAUGGAGGUUUAACCCGGCACCUUAGUAGUUUGUCGGUAAACGAUGAUGGCAUUUUCGAACAGCAGCUGCUUGACGGUAACCAGAAGUUGAACUCCAUGGACUCGUUUGAGGAGGAACUUGCAUCGCUAAACGAUGCGGGCUCUUUGAUGAGUCUUCCUUUGGACUUUGGCGACGAAAACAAGACUGAUAGUGCCACAGCGGUUGCCGCGUAUGAUACAGUAGUGAACGGAUCAGGACCAUCAAGUGCUCCAAGUGCGUUGAAUGGAUCGUUUCAGCAGUUGAUUUUGGAAAAUGAGAUCCCGGUUCACGAUCCAUCUUGCCAAGAAGUCGCAACUCUGGACAAAAAAAUCAUGACUGCACAAGAUUUCUACAGCAGCACAGUUCCACACGACCAACUAUCAUCAGCCCAGCGCUUUGAGAUUUAG